AUGUCGCCGAUUUCUCAUCUUUUAAUCCUUUUCUUCGUCGUCGUCUUCUUCUUCUUCUCUCCUCUCACCGUCGCAGUCGCCGAUCAAAGCAAUGCCAAUAAUCUGAAACAAGAAAGCGAUGCCAAUAAUGAAGAACAAGAAUUCGUGAGGCUGGAUCUGAUACACCGCCACCAUCCGGACGUGGUUAAAAGGCUUGAUGACGAAAUUAAGGUGGAUAGUGCCGAGGAUCGCAUCAAGGAUAUUCGCCAUCACGAUCAAAACCGCCUCCGAUCCAUCUCCGCCAAGCUGAAUUGGACCAAAGUUGUGGAGAAUGCGGAGGAGAAGGAGAAGGAGGUCUCGGGUUCGAAUCUUCCUCCCCAGUCGCAGAUGCCAAUAGGAUUGAAAACAUACCCCGGCGCUGAUUUUGGUAGCGGUGAAUUUUUCGUGCAAUUGAAAGUGGGAACGCCGCCGCAGACGUUCACACUGAUUGCAGAUACCGGGAGUGACCUAUUGUGGACGAAAUGCAGAUUCCGGCGGUGCAGGGGAGAUUGCAGCAACCUCUCUCCGAUGCAUAAGAUGCGUAACAAAAUGAGAGGGAGAUUCAGAUACGCGCUUUAUGCGAAUCAGUCGUCUUCUUUCUCCCCAAUUCCUUGUUCCUCCAAGCAGUGCAUCGAUGAUUUCCCUGAUCUCGGCGGCCAACCCGAUUGUCCAACCCCUAACACCCCCUGUUCCUAUACCUACAGGUAUUAA